AGUUGAUACUAACAAAUCGUUAUAUAACUGCAGAACAACGGUCUUUCACUAACCGUUUUCUUUAGCAACUCAUACAAGCCGACUUUUACGUCUUGCACCUUUUUGCGGUCGAGUCUACAAUCAUGGCCAAGGACAUGACACUUCUCUGGGGCUCCGGCUCUCCUCCGUGCUGGCGUGUCAUGAUCGCUCUGGAGGAAAAGCAACUGCAGGGAUACGAUCAGAAACUUCUGUCCUUCGAGAAAGCAGAGCACAAGUCUAAAGAAGUCCUGGACAUCAAUCCCAGAGGACAGCUCCCUGCGUUCAAACACGGAGACAACAUACUCAACGAGUCAUAUGCAGCAUGCAUGUACCUGGAGAGCCGAUUCAGGUCCCAGGGACCCCAGUUGAUUCCUGAGGGCCAAGUAGAGCAGGCCCUGAUGUACCAGCGCAUGUUUGAGAUCCUCAACCUCAGUGACAAACUCAGUAACGUCAUCUACUACAACUACCGUGUCCCCGAGGGGGAGAGACAUGACUCGGCUAUCAAGAGGAACAAGGAGAACCUGGCCACUGAAAUCAAGCUGUGGGAGGGAUACUUUCAGAAGAUGGCGGUGGGUUCUUACCUGGCAGGAAAAGCCUUCUCAUUGGCUGACGUUAUUGUCUUCCCUGUGAUUGCCUACGCCUUCCGCUUUGGGCUGUCUACGGAGCGUUACCCCAAACUGGGAGCAUACUACAAUAUGAUGAAGGACAGACCCAGUGUUAAAGCUACCUGGCCCCCACACUGGCUGGAAAACCCUCAGGGAGGGGACGCUCUCAAGGAGUUCUGAGACUCACAGGAACACACAACACAUCUUAAGGAUGUUUAAUAGGCACUUCCUCUAUAUCACUGUUGUAACCGCGGGAAACACAUGUUGCUUUUAAAUGCAGGUUUCCUCAGAUGCUAAUCAGUCAAGUAGUUUUGCACCAAGUGAACACCAAUUUUCUUUGCCUUGCCUUUCUGGGGGUUUUGUAACAAAUGUUUAUUUUUUAUUUUUUAUAUAUAUAUAUAUAUAUAAGUAGGGGAACUGAAACAUUAAUCACAAAGUGUGUUUUUACGAACAUGACUUUAUAAUAACAGUAUGUCCUCCAUAUAAUUUCUGUAUUUUGUGUACAGACCCACAUACCUGGUGUAGAAUUAAUAAAAAAUCAUACCAAACACUGCUA